GCCAUUUCAGGCUUUAAAAAUCAACCCCAUACGACUCCCCGGUUUAUUCCUUUGGUAUUCCAGGCUGCUUUGGUAUAGUUUUGGUUUCAUGCUUUCUGCUCGGGACAUGGCGACUCGUUCUGUUGAAGAUUCCUUUCCUUUACACGGGCUGCUGCCGAAAAAGGAAACCGGCGCCGCUUCGUUUCUGACCAGGUUUCCCGAGUACGAUGGACGGGGAGUGCUUAUCGCCAUACUGGACACCGGUGUGGACCCGGGGGCGCCGGGCAUGCAGACCACUACAGAGGGCAAGCCUAAGAUUGUGGACAUCAUCGAUACGACAGGCAGUGGUGAUGUCAACAUGUCCACAGUGGUGGAACCGAAAGAUGGAGAAGUGCUCGGACUUUCUGGACGCACACUCAAGAUGCCUCCUGCCUGGGUGAACCCGUCAGGGAAAUAUCACAUCGGUGUUAAGAACGGUUACGAGUUUUUCCCUAAACCUCUCAAAGAGAGGAUACAGAAAGAGCGCAAGGAGAAGACGUGGGAUCCGGCACACAGAGCGGCUCUUGCCGAGGCCAGUCGCAGGACAGAGGACUUUGACCUCGCUCAUCCCAACCCUUCACAGAUCGAGAAAUUGCAGAAGGAGGAGUUGCAGAGCCACAGUGAGUUGUUGGGUUCCUUGGAGAAGAAGUACAGUGACCCUGGGCCUGUGUACGACUGCGUGGCAUGGCACGAUGGCAUUACCUGGAGGGCAGUGGUGGAUACUUCAGAGUGUGGAGACCUGGCGUCCUGCACUGUGCUUAGCUCCUAUAGAGAAAGACAGGAGUACACCACGCUAGGGGACGCUGAGAUGCUCAACUACUCCAUUAACAUCUACGAUGAAGGGAAUACCCUCUGCAUUGUCACGAGUGGAGGUGCUCACGGGACUCACGUGGCCAGCAUAGCGGCCGGUUAUUUCCCAGAGGAACCAGAGAGAAACGGCGUAGCCCCCGGUGCCCAAAUCUUGGCGCUUAAAAUAGGGGAUACCCGUCUAAGCACAAUGGAGACCGGAACAGGUCUCAUUCGAGCGAUGAUCGAGGUCAUUAACUACAAGUGUGACCUUGUGAACUACAGCUAUGGGGAGGCAACCCACUGGCCAAACUCAGGGAGAAUCUGUGAAGUGAUCAGCGAGGCGGUGCAGAAACAUAACGUGAUGUAUGUGUCGAGCGCUGGAAACAACGGGCCGUGUCUCUCCACUGUGGGAUGUCCCGGAGGAACCACGAGUAGUGUCAUAGGCGUAGGUGCUUACGUCACGCCUGACAUGAUGGUGGCGGAAUAUUCGCUGAGGGAGAAAUUGCCUCCUAACCAGUACACGUGGUCUUCAAGGGGUCCGAGUGCCGACGGAGCUCUGGGUGUUAGCAUAAGUGCUCCUGGGGGAGCCAUUGCCUCGGUGCCCAACUGGACUUUGCGUGGCACGCAGUUAAUGAACGGAACCUCGAUGUCUUCUCCCAACGCAUGUGGAGGAAUUGCACUCAUUCUCUCAGGUCUGAAGCAGAACGGGAUGCGACCCAUAGUUGCAGCCGUGAGACGUGCUUUGGAAAACACCGCCCAAAAAGUGGAUGACAUCGAAGUGUUUGCACAGGGUCAUGGCAUUAUUCAGGUGGAAAGGGCAUUUGACUACCUCAUGCAGCAUGCUUCCACUCCUACUAGUAACCUGGCAUUCACAGUCACUGUAGGGAAUCAGCGGGGCAUCUACCUCAGGGACGCCGUCCACGUCUCCACUCCUUCCGAUCACGGAGUCGGCAUCGAGCCAGUCUUUCCAGAAAACACUGAAAACUCUGUACGAAUCUCGCUGCAGUUGCACCUGGCGCUCACGUGCAGCGCGCCGUGGGUUCAGUGCCCCUCCCAUUUAGAGCUCAUGAACCAGUGUCGUCACUUUAAUGUGCGCAUCGACCCACAGGGACUUCGAGAGGGUCUGCAUUAUACUGAGGUGUGUGCUUAUGAUACAUCAGCACACGGUGCUGGUCCUCUCUUCAGAGUCCCUAUAACGGUUAUAAUCCCCACAAAGGUGUCCGAGAGCCAGAAUCAGGAGGUCUCUUUCACAGAUGUACACUUCAGACCAGGGCAGAUACGGCGCCAUUUUCUUACCGUUCCUCAAGGAACCUCAUGGGCAGAGAUCACAUUAACGUCUCACUCCUCCGAUGUCUCCUCCAAGUUUGUCCUCCAUGCUGUGCACCUGGUGAAGCAGAGGGCUUACCGAGCUAACGAGUUCUAUAAAUUUUCCUCACUGCUGGAGAAGGGCUCUCUCACCGAGGCGUUCCCCGUGCUGCCUGCUCGAACCGUAGAGGUGUGCAUCGCCCGUUGGUGGGCCAGUCUUGGUGAUGUCGUUGUAGACUAUACCAUUUCUUUCCAUGGGCUGCGAACAUCGCCAUGUCCCCUUCAUAUACAUGCGUCUGAGGGCAUUACCAGUUUUGAGGUCUCCUCUCCUAUUAGAUAUGAGGAAGUCUCACCAGUGAUCACCUUGAAGAACUGGGUGCAGCCCCUUAGGCCAGUAAGUUCAAAAACAAAAGCGCUUGGCUCCAGAGAUGUACUGCCCAACAACCGUCAGCUUUAUGAGAUCGUCCUUACGUACAGCUUCCACCAGCCUAAAAUUGGGGAGGUGACCCCCAGUUGUCCAUUACUGAGUGAGCUGUUGUACGAGUCAGAGUUUGACAGCCAGCUUUGGCUCCUCUUCGACCAGAAUAAGAGACUCAUGGGCUCUGGCGAUGCUUAUCCUCAUCAGUACUCUCUGAAGCUGGAGAAAGGAGACUACACCAUCCGGCUGCAAGUUCGCCAUGAGCAACAGAGCGAGUUGGAGCGACUGAAAGAUUUGCCUUUUAUAGUGUCCCAUCGCUCCAACACACUGAGCCUAGAUGUUUACGAGACGCACCGGAUGGCAUUACUGGCUAAGAAGAAGGCAAACACCCUCACUCUUUCCCCAGGAGCCUCUCAGCCUUUCUACAUCACCUCUUUAUCAGAUGACAAGAUACCUAAAGGUGCAGGUCAGGGGUGCUACAUGACCGGCUCUCUGGUUGUACCGAAGAGCGAGUACGGAAAAAAAGCAGGCCAAGCCUCAGCCAAACGACAAGGAAAAUUUAAAAAGGACAUCGUGCCAAUAUUCUACCACCUGAUCUCUGCCCCUAACAAAUCAAAGAAUGGAGGAAAAGAGAAGGACAAAGAUGGGGAGAAAGAGAAGGACGUGAAGGAGGAGUUCUCCGAAGCCCUCAGAGACUUGAAGAUCCAAUGGAUGACCAAGUUGGACAAUAAUAUUUUAUAUGAUGAACUGAAGGAGAACUUUGCAAGUUAUCUCCCUCUCCACGUCCAACGACUCCAUCAGCUGGAUUCAGAAAAGGAGCGACUGAAGCGAUUGCAAGACAUCAUGGCAGCAGCUGAUAUUGUUAUCUCUCAAAUCGACCAGACCGCACUGGCAGUCUAUCUCACAAUGAAGACAGACCCUCGUCCAGACGCAGCCACUAUAAAGAGCGAUAUGGAGAAACAGAAGUCGUCGCUGCUGGAUGCGCUCUGUAGGAAAGGAUGUGCUCUGGCUGAUCAGCUCAUGCAGCCCCCAGAGCUGGAGGGGGCGAGUGCAAGUGAGGUGGGCAGCUCUGAAGACGACCCACACGGAGUGGCCAAAGCACUGAACGACACUUUCUGGGAGGUUCAAAAGUGGGCAGAGCUCACAGACUCUAAGGUUCUGUCCUUUUCCUACAAACAUGCCUUGGCGAGUAAAAUGUACGGAAGAGCCUUAAAAUACGCUACUAAAAUUGUAGAAGACAAACCCAGCAAAGAGAACUGGAAGAACUGCAUUCAACUGAUGAGGCAUCUGGGCUGGAUGCACUGCGCCACCUACACUGAAAACUGGCUUCCCGUCAUGUAUCCCCCAGACUAUACACCUUUUUAAAGCAGAUCACACAGGACUUCCCUGUGCAAAAAUGCAGUACCAGAUUUUAAAGACUCUUUAAAGACGUGUCCAUGGUGGAUGCCAUUAAGCCUUUCUUUUUUUUUAAACUGGAGCAAACAUAAGGACAUAAAGAUCCACAUUUCACCACCAUAUCAUAAUCCACCAGAUUUCUACAAUGCUGUUAUGUGUGUUUGCUGGGCGAGAAGUUCGCUAUUCGUAUCCGUGCUUCUUGUUCGCCAUUUAUUUUGUUGUUGUAUUUUGCCCCGUAUCCAUUAGAUCCAGUAGUUUUAAUUUUUAUCAUUUGGUGCCAAGGUAUUUAAUUUCUCAUUAAAUGCAGUAAUCGUCCUCUGACUGAGCUGUUGAAAUGUCAAAACAUUUCAGGGUCACAAUGCACACAAUUAUGUAAAGGCAAUAUAAACAUACGUAAACCAACUUUUCCCUUAUAUACAUUAUAUGUGCAAUGUAUGCAUGUUGUUUUGAUUUUAUUUUAUAUAUGGGUUGCUUGCUGGCCUGAAAGCAAACCUCUUUUGGUCACUUCUGGGCUUUUAUACUGUAUAAUUGAGUCAGUGUCUGGCCUUUUUAAUGAGAGGGUUUUAUAAGUGUGUUCUUUUUUAUUUUUAUUAUAAUUUUUUUUUUUGUAGCACUGUGUGAACGCGUGUGCGUGUACAAAAUGUGUGUUUUUAAAUGUAUUUAUUAUUGGACGCAUAUUCUUACAUAGUUUGCCCGAUACACAUUUUGCAUUCAGCCAUUUCUACAAAGAUACUGCAAUAUCGAAUAAUUUAACAAAAAAUGUUUUAAGCAAAGUGAAAGAAUUAAGGUCUCUGCUGGAAUGUGCCAUAUUCCAUACAUUUUAAAGCAAAACUCCACCCUGAACUUAAUUUACCUGUUUAUAAUCUGCUGCAUUGAUCGUGGAUUUUUUAAAUUAUUAUUUCAUAUUUACACGACAUGUAAUGCAGCACCAAACUGAAAAAGAAAAGAAAGAAGAAAAAUCAGCCCCCAAAGUAAAUGUGUGUAGUGUUCAUGCUUCAUGGUGGAGUUUUGCGCAUUAGGCAGCACACUGUCGAGCUGCACUAUGGUCAGUUCCGUUUGUUCUGUUUUCUACGUAACGAUUUCACCUUCACGGUAUUAACGAUGUGCGGUAAAGCUGCUCACGCCAAGCUUCCAUUUGUUUGCUCGGUUUAACAUCCAGCUGUUUUUUGGUCACUUCUGAGUGGGUGGUUUAAAUGUCUGUUUACACAUUACUGUACCAGAGAAUGUGGCACUUCACAGCCAGUGAUUGAUAUGAGUCCGAAUGCAGCUGUGGUUAUGUUUUGCCAAAAUAGAAAUUCGGUAUUUCGAUUGGCUUCUGGUCAAUCGCCAGCACCGAACCCUAAAAAAUUCAUUUUAACAAUAUCUGACGAUGCCUGAUGAAAAUAUCUACGGAUCGUAUUUUAUUUUUGCAUGUAAAGUACGUGCUAAUGGACUUUUCUCCUCCAACUUUUUUUUUUGUUUUUUUCCUUUUCAUACAUAGUCGUCAACAAUAUAUUCAGGGUUAAACAGGCAUGGACUUUGCCAACAUCAGUUUCCUCAACGACGGCCUUAAAUCAUUGCAAACACCUCACACUGAGCGCAGUCAGGGGUCUCGUAUCACCGUCAUCAUAUCAAAGAGCUUUUGGUGGGUACGUGGCUUUUGUGUAUUUCGAAAUGUUUAAACGCAUAGUAGUUAAUGCCAAUAUUUUAGAAUGUACUUUUUUGAUUUGAAGCCGAACGUAUGUACCACUAUCAUUUUAUAGCCAUUAUACAGCAAGAGACGUAUGGAAAGCUGCGACAUGCGUUAUUUUAUUACAGUUAACGUUGGGGGAUUGUCAUACGAUCAAGAUCAUUCUGAAUAAAACUUAUUUGAACAGCAA